AUGCGUGUGAGGGAGGCGCGCGUGGGACAAGAGCAGUGUUGUGCUGGUGUUGGCGUUGUGAAGGGGAACACAAGGAACAAGGUACCCAGAUGGCCGGGGUUGUUAUUGCGUCGGAGGGCUCGAGGUGGAAAGCAGAGACUCCUCAGACAGACACAUAUUGAGAGAGAUAUUCAUAUAUCUUCAGUUGUGGCUACCGCAAGGAGGUUGCUUUCUGAUUCUGGCGCUUUUGCUGAUUGGGCAGCUUCUUCCGCCGGCCGUGCUGCCCCCACCGACGAGCUCUCCCUCGGCUUCAAUGCCGGACCUGCCGCUGCUGCGGCUGAGGGAUCCGCCACAGGUCCCGCCUCCGGAAUGUGGUCUGGUGCCGCCUCAAGGUCGUUCAAUUACGGUCUCUCGCAGGAGAUGGGAGGCAUGCUCGGCCUCCGCGAUUUCUACGUGGUGGCUCCGGCGUCGUCGUUCCAUCACCACCAUCACCAUCACCAUCACCACGACCAGUCCGUCAUGACCGAUCCUCAUUCGGUGAACAGCUCGAACCCCGCCACUGCGCUCGGCGUCGGCGUUAUUCCUCUACUCUCUGCCACGCCGUGCCUUGGCCAGGCGAACGUCAGCGCCGAGAACAACGAGACAACAUUGAUGAGUAAUCGAAGCCGAGGCGGGGCAAUUCAGCUGUGGCAAGACCAAGAACCUGAGCACGGUCAUUAUUUGAAGAAACAAGGUACAACGAUGUUCGAACUCAACGACAGUUCGGGGAAUCUGAUUCAGAACGAGAAUGGAUUAACCGUCUCCGCCACGAACAGCGGCGGAACAACGUGUCAGGAUUGUGGGAACCAAGCGAAGAAGGAUUGUAGUUACAGGAGGUGUAGGACUUGCUGUAAGAGUCGGAAUUACGACUGCCCAACUCACGUGAAGAGCACGUGGGUGCCUGAGUCGCGGCGGAGGGAACGCCGUCUGAUGGCAGCGGCGUCUGCCGCCACUGCCGGUGGAUCCACCGGUGCUACUUCUGGUGCCAAGAAACCUAAACUCGUCACAUCACAACAACAGACCACAACAAACUCUCACACUUCCACAUCUAAUAACACUCCUCCUAGAAGCUUCGACACUAGCUCUAGUCACCAAGAUGCGGGUUUUAAGGAAUCAUUACCGGGACAAGUCCGAGUUCCGGCGGUGUUCAAGUGUGUUCGGGUGACGGCGGUGGACGACGGGCAGGAUGAGAUUGCUUAUCAGGCUACUGUCAAGAUUUGUGGCCAUGUGUUCAAAGGGUUCCUGUAUGAUCAAGGGGUUGAAAGUAGGGAUGUGUAUCCGAAUUUGUCGGAGCUCCAUCUCGGCGGCGGCGGAGGUGGCGGCGGCGGUAAUGGGGCUUCAUCUUCAUCCCCAAUGCUGGAUCCAUCUGAUGUAUAUGUAGCUUCAGGUGGAGGCUUACUUGGAGGAGGAGGAUCCACUUAUGGUAAUCCAAUAAAUUAACAUUAAAGUGUAAGCUAAUUGUUGUUCAUGUGCUGAUUAUUGGAGGAGAUUCUGGGAAAUUAAUCAGUAUUCAUCAUCAUCAUCUUCUUCUUCUGGGCUUUGUAAUAUUUAUAUCUUAUCAGAAAUGUGUAUCGCUCUUCUUACGUUUCAACUUCUUUGACUUGAUUCAUAUCUCUUCCUUUCUCUUAGUUUGCCUUUGUCAUUUCAUGAAAUGAACAAUAAAUUAUGACAAGGGAAUCACAUUGUCUGACUGUGGACAGCAUAGUUCAUCCACCAUGGUCAGAGAAUUGAAAACAAAACUGAGAAAGCUUUUAUUUUUCUUUUAA